CUCUGCCCAUUCUCUCCUCUUCCUCUUCCAGAGCUGGUUCACUUCCUAUAGGGACUGAAAACCAAGUGAGGAGAUGAAGAUUGCACCGUACUACACCAAAGAAUACAGAAUGUGGGCACUGCAGAAAACUCCUGAUCAUCAUCGAAGGAACAAGUGCACAAUUCUAGGAAGAUGUUCAGUCUCUUCACAGCAUUGCUGAACACAGAGAAGAUUGGACAGUGAAACAUCAUUUGGAUAAGCGGAACUUUGACAUAUCAUGAACCACUGUCUCAUUCCUGCAGGUGUGAGGCUGUUUAAAAGAAAGGUCUGUGAGGAGGGUCACUCAAACUUGUAAGGGUUUAGUAUGGACUGGGUGCAGCUGCCUUAUAACUGUUAACACAAGGGCAGCUGAAUGGAAGAGAAACCAUUUAAGUGUGAGGUUUGUGAUCGAGCUUUUGCAAGGCUACUGACGCUCAAAAAUCACCGACGCAUUCAUACCGGGGAGAAGCCAUUUAAAUGUGAGGUUUGUAACAAGGGCUUCACACAGUUAUCAGGCCUGGUGAAACACCGGCCAAUUCACACGGGAGAGAAACCAUUCAGAUGUGAGGUUUGUAACAAAUCUUUCUCACAAUCAUCCAGCCUCCUUGUACAUCAACGCAUUCACACAGGAGAGAAACCAUUCAGGUGUGAGGUAUGUGAUAAAGCGUUCUCAACGUUGGCGGAACUUCGUAAACACCAACGCAUUCACACAGGAGAGAGACCGUUCACGUGUGAAGUGUGUGACAAAUCAUUUUCGCAAUCAUCGACCUUCCAUACACACCAACGUAUUCACACUGGUGAGAAGCCGUUCAGGUGUAAGGUGUGUGAUAAAUCGUUUUCACGAUCAGGGAACCUCUAUGCACACCAACGCAUUCAUACAGGGGAGAAACCAUUUACAUGUGAGGCUUUCAAAGUGAAAACAUCCGCUUUGGAUGUGUUUGACAGCAGAUCAGAAGAGGAACAUGCAGCAUCCAGCACAGAGAUGCUGUGCAGUGGUGGAAGCAGCACAUGCACCGGAGAAGAACACAGGAGUGAGGAAUAAAUGAGGGAUUGAGAUUGGAGGAACGUACCACGGAGGGAAGGAUGGAAGCAAUUUCCUCUAUUCCUCUCCUCCUCCACCUCCUACUUCUGGUUCCUUCCUCCAUUUUCCACAUUGAUUUGCUUUUGAUCCCUCCUUCAAUUCUCUCUGUCUUUCCUGCUUUGUCUAUAUCUUCCAGCCUUUUCAAGAUCAGAGUGAUAGUGUGUGAACCCUUUUAAAUUCCAGCAUAAACAAAAUGAAAGCAGAAAUUCUACUCAAUUAAGGUAGUAAUGUCAUCAUGAUUCUGUUAGAUUAUUUUAACUAUUUUUCUGCUCUAUAUGACAAAAUUGAAAUAAACUAUCAUCUGUAGCUUGUAGUUUGUGAAAUAAUUACCGGUCAUGGUAUGUAGACUGGCAGAAACCCACAACUCUCAUUAUUCCCAUCUGGAACCAUGGUCAUUUCUUCAUGGCUGAUGUUUAAUAAACCAGUGUUGAAAAUCGCAAA